UUGUGGAUUUGUUUUUCCUCUAUUCGGAGAAAAUAGUUCCCGAAGCGCUUUCUCAACCCCACAUCCAGCUGCUGGUCACGUUCGGUGGUACAAUUCCUUGGUCUGAUUUUUGUUAUCGAACGUCAAAGCUGUUUGUUUUGGUUCUCAAUUUCUUCGGAUUUUGGCGGACACGAAAAAGCAAUUCCACAUCAGCUGGUCGUGAAAAAGCAGGGAAAACCUCAGGUUGCAUUUCUACUUCGGUACAGUGCAGUCAAGUGUUAUAUCGUGUAAACUUCCGUCUUUCAAACGCGCCUUUUCGGUGAGCUAGAAUAAAGGAAAGCUUCUCGUUGUGCGCUCGCGUUCGCUCUCGUCCUUGGAGAGGCCCGUCAUUGUGUCGUGUGUGUGUGUGUAAGUGCGUGUCAUAAGCGAACAGACAAAAAGCUUCCUAACCCCCAGCCUUCAAAAGUCCCGGAACGGGAAGUAAUUGGGUGCCCGAGAGUACCUGAGUUGGAAGCUAACGCGAAGUGUAGUGUCGCCCGGCAGCUGUUUGUUGACUGUAGCGAGAUUGAUAAGAGCCUGGCACACACCCCUAGCGACACGUGAGCUGGAAACGAGCCGUCAGCCACCAGCAUGGCACCGAUCGCCACGACGAACGAGCCGAAAAUGGCGCACGCUGGCGAGGAAACUCUCACGCGCCACGCGGAUGCAAAGCAGCACUACUACCCGGCCACUAACCGCAAAAAUGGCAUCAAUGAAGGUCCGCGUGAUGGAGCAGCGAUGGCGGCGAGUCAGGCCACAACACUAGCGACGGCCUCCGGGAACACGGUUCAGCCCUGCCCUUUGAGGGCACCCCUUGUCGUCACCGUCGUCGGGUUGCCCUGUCGGGGGAAAUCACUGGCUGCACACAAAGUCGCCCGGCAUCUGAGCUGGCGGGGCGAGAGCGCCAAAGUAUUUACCGUGGAAGAAAAUGCUACCGACGAAACUUUGCUGGAGAUUAGUCUAUUCUUCAAGGAAGGAAAUAAUGUGGCGAUCAUCGAUGGAAUGCAUUUGUCGCGGGCUUCCCGCCAGGCGGUGGCUAACUUCUGCUGUGACGCCGUCUUCCACCAUCUGUUGAUCGAGUUCACGUGCAAUGAGAAGUGUCUGCUGGAGAACGUGGCUGACACGGUGCGUUUUUAUCGGAAGCUCGAUCAAAACACAGACUGGGAGCGUCGCUUCCGGGAGAGCAAUGGGCAUCAUACGCCUCAAUUCGAGCCCUGUUCCGCCCUCGAGGGUCCGCUCAUAUCGGUCAACAACUCCGAGGACCCGAUGUACCACUCCGUGACGGCACGAGGUGUUCGGGGUGCCAUCCAGACCGACAUUCUAGGUGUGCUGGCCAGCCCGGUCAUUCGUCAGCAGACGUUCUACUUCAGUCGGCACGGAGAGUCAGAGUACAACGUUUUGGGACGUAUUGGUGGAGACGCAGAUCUGUCCCCGCGGGGCAUGAAAUACGCCGAUAGGCUAGCCCGGCAGCUGGGAGGCCCUGGAUCGGCACCUGAUUGUCCCCGGCCUAAAUUGAUUUGGACGUCUGAGCUGCAGCGUACGAUCCACACCGUUCAGAACAUCCCGGGGCCGCGGGCGGCUAUCAAGGACUUGAACGAGAUCAAUGCCGGCAUCUGCGAGGGGCUGACGUACGAGGAAAUCCAGGAGCGAUUCCCGCAGGAGUUUGCCUGGCGCGAUCAGGACAAGUUCAAGUAUCGUUACCCGCACGGCGAGUCCUAUCUCGAUCUGCUGCAGCGCGUGGACAGCGUUGUACAGGCGCUUCUGACCAACACCGACGUGCUGGUCGUUUCUCACCAGGCUGUGCUGCGCUGCAUCAUGGCGUACUUUAAGGGCGUAAAACCAGAUGACGUGCCGUACAUAAACGUGCCGUUGCAUACGCUACUGAUGGUGCGAUCGUACGGGUACGAUUUCGUCGUUGAAACAGUUCCACUUAAGGUCGAGUGUGUAGAUACUUAUCGCAUCCAGCCGAAGAAUUGCUCUACAAGCCGCACCACGGCCGAUGCCCUGACAACUGUGCCGGCUCACUUUGAUGCGCCCCUUACGCAACAAAUGUCUACGAUCAGCUAAAAGCAGUCUCCAUCCUCAACUACCUUUUUAAACGGCACAUGCUCAACCUUACAACAGCAUAAACGUCCUGCAGGGCUCGCGCAAAAAAAAAACAACGUGGUGUCUGAAGUCCUGAAAUUCUACAAAAAAAAGAA